GUCGACCAUUGCGCCAGGAUACGUGGCCGCGCGAGGUGAUCGAUUCCCGACGGAGGCGCAGUUUUGACGCCGUGUCCGCGAAUCGCUUUCGUUGGUCCUUCACGUCGAUCGGACCCGACGUGAUUCGCUGUUUUUCGUUACGCACUUACGGUGUCUGUGUAAAUAUCCAUUUGUUGAUUUAAAGUGUGUAGUGAGAUCAAUUAGUGGGAAACCAAAUGGUUGUGCUCGAGGAAGGCAGUAUGCUGACUACUGGACACAAUCAGUAUUUACAACCGGAUUAUCUUUCACCGCUUCCAACUUCGGUACAGUUGGACGCAAAAAAGAGUCCGCUGGCACUUUUGGCGCAGACAUGCAGCCAAAUCGGAGCGGAUUCGCCUACGAAACCGCUGAUUUCACCUUUGGAAAAGAGCUCGAAGGGCAUGAGCAUCGCAACGAACGCGAAAUCGCCGCCGGCUACAAAAUUGGAGCGCAACACUCGCGGCAGUCCGACGGACGGCAAGUCGUUGGCGUUUAAGCCAUACGAGACCAACGUCGUGACGAAGAAGACUACGGACGAGAGUAGACCCGCGUCCAAAGCUAGUGUACACAGUGUCAGUGGUCAGGAUAGUAUCAGUGUCAGUGACAGCACGUACCCUGAUAAGAAAUCAUCCGGCAAUCGUACGCCAGUGAGCCGAAAGUCCGCGUCACCGAGUAGCCAAGCGACGGCAACGACGACCAGCGGCACCCCGUCGGUCGACCGAAAGACUCCGGCGGAUCGCGAGAAGAUGGACGGUUCGCCACGAAGCAGCAGCAGCAACAACAACAGCAGCAGCAAUAACAACAAUGGCACCAGUCCAAUUAUCAGAUCAGGAAUGGAGAUCCUUUCUGGCGCGGCGCAUACAAAGGACGCGAAUCUAGCCGCUUACAAACCGGGUCUUCCAGGCUUCACAGGCAAUCCGCUGUGCUGUCCGCCGGGCCUCGCCGAGAAUCCGGCUUUCAGGCCGCCCUUCGCAGGCGCGUCGCCCUUCUCGCAUCAUGCGGCGGCGCUGUUGUCUGUCGGCUAUCCAUCGGCAGGUCCGACCGGCGGCAAUCCGUACUUGAGUUACGCCCGCGUCAAGACUCCCGCCGGCGGCGAGGCCUUGGUGCCGGUCUGCAAGGAUCCUUUUUGCACCGGUUGCCAAUACAGUAUGCACAGUGCGCAGAUCAUGAUGAGUGCAGGCAGCUGUCCCAGCGGUUGUACGCAGUGUGAUCAUCAAAAGUACGGACUGGCGAUGGCGUUGUCGUCCCUAGGCCCGAUGCCGCCGCCGUCGUUGUCCUAUCCGUCCACCCUGGCGGCCGGCGGUCGGCCCUACGUCUGCAAUUGGAUCGCUGGCGAGUCGUAUUGCGGCAAACGAUUCGCCACGUCGGAGGAACUGCUCCAGCAUCUACGUAGCCAUACGAGCUUGACCGGCGGUGAUCACGCGGCGGCCUCCGCGGCGGCGCUCCUCGGCAACCCGCAUCCGCACCCGCUGCUAUCGCCGUCGACCACCCUUCACCGCGCCAGUGGCGGUACCUACCCAGCGCCGUCGUUGAGCCCCCUCGGUGCGCGAUAUCAUCCGUAUGGGAAGCCGCCGACGGGCCCGCUACCGGCCUCGCUCGCCGCCUCGCCGUACUCUGCUUUCAACGCCUUAGGACCGUAUUACUCGCCGUACGCGGUGUACGGACAGCGAAUCGGUGCCGCCGUACAUCCCUAAGAUGGAUAUAUCCUACGGGAGGGAGGGGUUGGGGAGGGAAAAGGUGGUAGGAUCUUUUGCAAGGGACCUCUUCUCGUCCCUCCCUUUUUUCUCCGUCUCUUUUUCCCUUUUCUCAGUGUACAGUUGGAAAAUGUGCAAAUUGAUGGACGAGUCUGCCGUCUAAAACUGUUGUGUAAAUAGCCAUUGUGUAUAAUACAGAUUUAUUUAAAAGAAUUCUAUAUAUGUAUAUAUAAAUAUAAAUAUAUGUGUACAUUGAAGAUUAUGAUUAAAGUUUAUGAGACAACUUGACAAGUGUUAAAGUUGCAUCGCGAGACCAUUCUCUUGCGGAACUUCUAUGAUAUCAGAGUAAUACGCAUCUCUAUUAAAAAUCCGGUUACCAUGUAGGGAGGAAGGAUUACAUCCCAGCUGUAAGUUGAUAUUGUCGCAAUUGCCGGACAGAAGCCUCGCCUCUCUAUGCGGGAUUUAACAAUUACGAGGCAUUCCCGACUGCGCUUCCGAAUCGCGUGCUGUUAGAAUUUUUUGGCGAUUCUAACGAGACACCCAGUCAUCGUCGUGUUUUACAAGUGAUACGAUGACGAUGUACAAUAUAGCGUCUCGUUAUUCGGCGACGUACGGACAUAUGUUUGCGAAAAUUGCAAAAAGUGCAUACUGUAUGUUUCCCGACGCUCCGCAAACGCAAACCUCUCGUGCUAAAUGCGUUCGAUAGCGCGCGGCAUCGUACACGUUA